AUGGCAGAGACAAUGAAAGCAUGGCAGCUUGCUUCUCCGGGAAGUAUGGAAGAGAAGCUGAAGCUAAACAGCGCUGCCACCCGACCGACAAGCAAGGAUCUCAAAGGUCACGAUAUUCUGGUCAAGGUCAGCAGCGCUGCGCUUAACCCCGCCGAUUACAAGGUCAUGGAGCUGGGUUUCAUUGUCAAGGCUGUCCUCCGAUUUCCAAAGACGCCUGGCAUGGACCUGAGCGGCGAGGUGCUCGCCGUCGGCCCCGCAGUGACCGAUGUCCUCGUCGGCGAUCACGUUCUGGGUCGUCUCGAUCCGUUCAAGGCGGCCGGUGCCUUGUCUGAGCAGGUCAUCCUGGAGCGCGACGGCUAUGCCAAGAUUGACCGCGACGCAAACCUCGACCACGCCGCCGGCGUCGGCACCGCUGCGCUAACCGCCUACCAGACCAUCAAGCCCUACGUCAAGGCUGGCGACAAGGUCUUCAUCAACGGCGGCUCAGGCGGUACCGGCACGUUCGGAAUCCAGAUCGCCAAGCUCCUUGGCUGCCAUGUAACAACGACAUGCUCCACGGGCAAGAUUGCCUUGUGCAGGGAGCUCGGCGCCGACGAGAUCAUCGACUACAAGACGACCGAUAUACUCGAAGCGCUGCGAAAGGCCGGCCCAAUAUAUAGUGUCUUCGUGGACAAUGUCGGAGCCGUCGGCGACCUGUACCCCAAGUCGUCCUCGUUUCUGCUCCCCACAGCGCCUUUUGUAUCAAUCGGCGGCGCCUCGAUUGGCCAUGUCGCCAACGUGGCCAGCGCCAUGAUUCGGCCGUCCUUCCUGGGCGGUGGGAAAAACAAAUUCAUAAGCUACUUGACAAAGAAUAACCACGACGAUAUUGACCAACUUGCCCAGUGGUAUAGCAAGGGGAGCCUCAAGUCUGUGGUCGACUCCACGCACGAGUUUGACAAUGUGCUGGUCGCAUUUAGCCAACUCAAGAAGGGAUCUUCGGCAGGCAAGAUUAUUGUGCACGUCGGAAGUAAAGCUUAG